UGACACAACGGGAGUCGGACGGGCCGGCCCGGAAAGGAGCUCAAGGCACAAGCAGGGGCUAAGAGGCGCUGCUCUGCCCCGGCGGCGACCGCCCCGCCCCGGGGACCAUGGCUCUGCGCCUGCUGCCCGCCGCUGCCGCGGCGCUCCGGCUCCGGGGGCCCGCCGCCGCCUACGGCACUUCAGUAACCUCUGCUAAAAUCCAAGUGAACGGAGUCCACCUGCAUUACCAGCAGACAGGACAAGGAGAUCUUGCAGUUCUGCUGCUUCCCGGAAUGUUAGGGUGUGGUGAAACGGAUUUUGGACCUCAGCUCAAGUCUCUGAACAAGCAGCUCUUCACAAUAAUAGCCUGGGAUCCUCGAGGAUAUGGACAUUCCAUCCCUCCAGCUCGAGAUUUUCCUCCAGAUUUCUUUGAAAGGGAUGCAAAAGAUGCUGUUGAUCUGAUGCAGGCACUGAAGUUCAAGAAGUUCUCCAUGCUGGGAUGGAGCGAUGGUGGAAUUACAGCACUCAUAGCAGCUGCGAAGUACCCAUCUCUUAUUCAUAAGUUGGUUGUUUGGGGAGCAAACUCCAGUGUCACCAAGGAGGAUAUUAAACUUUACAACGCUAUCCGAGACGUUUCAAAAUGGAGUGAGAAAGUCAGGAAACCAAUGGAAGAAAUGUAUGGACAUGACUAUUUUGCCAGAACCUGUGAAGCUUGGGUGAAUGGAAUAUCUCAAUUUGCUGAAAAGUCAGGUGGUAACAUUUGUGAACAUUUACUGCCACACAUUGUGUGUCCAACGUUUAUAAUACAUGGUGCGAAAGACCCUUUGGUACCACCGUUUCACCCAGAAUAUCUUCACAAGAACAUCCGAGGAGCACGGCUGCUCGUGAUACCAGAAGGCAAGCACAAUCUACACUUGCGCUUUGCAGAGGAAUUCAACACAGAAGUGGAAAAAUUCCUAGCAGAAGCCUGACAGAUGAAGUCCAUCCAAGGUUGAUUUCAUAUACUGAAUGUCUGCCUUUAUUGUCCAGCCAUCCCCAAACAUGGUACUUACUGUUUGAUUCCCCUUUUUGAGAAAUUGUGGCGUGUUUAAGCCAUGUUUAUAGUUGUGCUUUAAUAAAAAGUUAGAAUCAUGAAAUGUCUGCCCAGUGAAGUGCAGGCCACAGAACUGCUUUUGUCUGAGGACGGGAUGGAGAGGGGGUGGAAAAGGGGAAGUGAGAGGCAUUAUGACUCAACAAGACAACUGUGCAAGUGUUUUGAAGGGAGAAGAGAUGGAAAAGAUUUAUGUAAAGUUAGCAUCAAUACCAGUUUUAAAGAAAGAGAGACAGCAGACGUCGUAUAGAACACAUGCCUUUAUAUGUGAUCUUGAAAUUGAUUUAAACACGAGAGCCAUCAUAAUAAACUUGACUUCAAAAACUGUUA